AUGGCGUCUCUUGCCAGACCUGGACCCAUGGGUUCUGUCGGUCGUCAAGGAGGAAUAUCGGAUUCCCUUUUCUUCGGCUCCCCCUCUCACUUCUUCUCCCCAAAUGCCUCCGAUGCCGUCGUCCGACAGGCGGGUUCUGGUGGAAACGAUGAUUGCCGAGUUUCUCGUCAAGGGUGCCAUCCACCAGGUGGAUUUGGACUCCCGGGGGUUUUACUCCCAUUUGUUCUUUGCCCAAAAGAAAAAUGGCGAGUGGAGGCCGAUUCUCAACCUCAAGCCGCUGAAUGCAUUCGUGGUAGUUCCUUCCAUGAAAAUGGAGACGGUGCAGUCUGUCCGGGCUUUACUCCAGGUUGGGGAGUGGAGUGGGCGGCGUCAAUCGACCUGAAAGAUGCCUACCUGCAUGUUCCGAUUCACCGGGAUUUUUGGAAGUUCCUGCGCUUCCUAUUCGACGGCAAAGCUUACGAGUUUCGAGUGCUGCCGUUCGGAUUGGCCACGAGUCCUCAUGCCUUUACUUGUGUAGUCAAGGCUGUGGUAGGCCGUGUACAUUUGUUGGGCAUUCGCAUGCACAACUACCUAGACGACUGGUUGAUUCCAGCUUCGUCUCAGCAGGCAUGUCUGACGGGCGUGAGUCUGGUCAUCGACAUGAUACUUCGCUUGGGAUUUAUUCCCAAUUGGGUGAUGUCGGAGCUGGUGCCAGCUCAGGUUUUCACGUAUCUCGGAGUUGUCUUCAACCUUGUGGAAGCAUCCGUUCGACCGACGGAUGCACACCUCCACAAUUUCACGGCGCUGGCUCAGCGUCUUGCUCGGGAGCAGCGCCUUUGGGUGCGCACACUGCACGAGUCGUUGGCUGCAUUGAAUGUGCGGUUCAGACGAUUCAAGAGACCUCUCCAGUGGCAUCUCUCACGUGUGUGGGACGGCCGCUGUUGGGAUACAUUGAUUCCGGUGGGGUCUUGGUUCGUGCAGACGAUCCAAGAGUGUCUGGUCGACAAGUGCUUGUCCCAGGUCAUUCCCUUACACCCUCUUGCUCUGGAGUUGGUCCUGUUCACCGAUGCUUCCCUAGAGGGGUACGGUGCGCAUCUUGGGGAUCAACAUCUGUCAGGUGUGUGGAGUGCCUUCGAAAGGAGCCUCCAUAUCAAUCUGCUGGAGAUGGAAGCCGUUCGCCGGGCUUGCCUCCAGUUUUGGAGCAUUAUUCGACAUCGUCGAAUUUUGUUGAGGUGCGACAACACGGCAGUCGUCGCAUACCUCAAUCGUUGGGGUGGCACCAAGUCCGAGUCACUGAGUCGCAGGGCCUUGGAGAUCCAGGAAUUGUGCGAUCAGUGGGGGAUUGUGUUGACGGCAAAACACACUCCCUCUUCAGUCAAUGACUUGGUGGACGCCUUGAGUCGUCGUUCACCUGUCCAAACAGAGUGGAUGUUGCACAAGGUGGUUGCGGGCAGGAUUCUGCGUUUGUGGGGGAGUCCACAAGUGGAUAUGUUCGCGACCAGGCUGAACCACCAGUUACCGGUGUUUGUGUCACCGGUGUUUGUGUCACCGGUUCCCGAUACUCUGGCUCUGGAGUACGAUGCGUUGAACAUGGACUGGACGGGGUUGGAUCUGUAUGCCUUCCCGCCCCCAGUCUUACUCAGCAAGGUUCUGGCCAAGGUCGGAAUGCAAUCGUGUCGAGUGACGCUCGUGGCGCCGGGUUGGGCAGCCCAACCAUGGUUUCCUCAGCUUCUGUCGCUGUUAGUGCAGGAGCCGGUGCGCUUGCCACCCCUUCCGGAUCUGCUCAGCCAGCGGCUGCAGCAGCCGGUAUGGCACCCGAAGCCGGAGGUCUUCCGGCUUCACGUGUGGAGGUUGUCGAGUUUUCCCUGCGAGGCAGAGGCUUUUCAGAACGAAUGGCUGAACUCGUCUCCUCUUCGAAGUGCCGGUCAACUGAGCGAGUUUACCAAUGCCACUGGAGCGCUUGUGUUCGUUGGGCAGGUGAACGGGAUUUUGAUCCCUUAUCACCUACUGUCAAUGACUUAG